GACGGCGACAAUAAUAGCGUCCUCGAGGGAACGGCUAUCGAGUAUCGCACGUAUAAGCGCCGCUGGUUCGGCCUCGCGCAGUUGACGUUGCUUAACAUCAUUGUCUCGUGGGAUUGGCUCACCUUCGCCCCCGUAGCCUCAAACGCAGCAACAUACUACCGCGUCUCCGAAUCCGCAAUCAACUGGCUCUCCACAGCCUUCCUCUUCGCCUUUGUCGCAAUCUUCCCCCUGACCAUCCGCAUCCUCCACAUGGGCCCCAAACCCUCCUUCAUCACCGCCGCCGCCCUCAUCCUCGUCGGCAACUGGAUCCGCUUCGCCGGCUCCCACUCCCGCUCGCCCACCGGCGGAAACUACGGCGUCGUCAUGUUCGGCCAGAUCCUCACCGGCCUCGCCCAGCCCUUUGUCCUCGCCGCGCCGACGCGCUACUCGGACCUCUGGUUCACCAACCGCGGCCGCGUCGCCGCCACCGCCCUCACAUCCCUCGCCAACCCGCUCGGCGCCGCCCUCGGCCAGCUCAUCGUGCCCUUCUGGGUCGUCGACCCGCAGGACAUGUCCCCCGGCGUCCUCUACGUCGCCAUCAUCUCCACCGUCGCCUCCCUGCCGGCCUUCUUCAUCCCCGCGGCGCCCCCCACCCCCGUCGCGCCCUCCUCCCGCACCCUCAAGCUCGGCAUCCGCGAUUCUCUGUCCAUCGUCUCCCGCUCCCUCGAGCUCUGGCUCAUCCUCCUCCCCUACGCCUUCUACGUCGGCUUCUUCAACUCAAUCUCCUCCCUCUUGAACCAGAUGAUGGGGCCCUACGGCUUCACAGACGAGGAAGCAGGCAUCGCGGGCGCCCUCCUCAUCGUGGUAGGCCUCGUCGCGUCCGCAAUCACUUCCCCGAUCCUCGACCGCACAAAGAAAUUCAUCCCCGCCAUCAAAGUCGCCGUCCCCGUCAUCGGACUGUGCUACCUCGUCUUCAUCUGGAUGCCCGAGACGCGCAACAUCGCGGGUCCCUACGUCGUCCUCGCCGUCCUCGGCGCGGCGUCCUUCUCCUUGGUUCCCGUCGCGCUCGAGCUCCUCAUUGAGCUCAGUCACCCCGUCAGCCCAGAGGUCACGAGCACAAUCGCCUGGGCGGGAGGACAGCUUCUCGGUGCCAUCUUUAUCAUUAUUUCCGACGCGCUGCAGGCGGACGACAAGGCGAACCCGCCCAAGAACAUGAAGAACGCGCUCAUCUUCCAGGCCGUUGUCGCACUCGUCAUCGUGCCGCUGCCGUUGUGUCUGGGCUUGUUUGGGCGGAGUGAUAGGGUCAGUCUCCGGCGUGUGAGGUCGGACGAGGCGAGCACGCGACAGACGACG